CAGAAAUGAUGAAGAACUUAUGUAACAAAAUUUACAUAAAUUAACUAGUUUAGCUACUAUACUAUACCUAAAAAUGAAUUUAUAGAAUACACAAACAACAAAUUAAUCUUAAUUCUAAGAAAAUAAUUGCCAAUAUUUAAAUUCAAAAUGAAUUUACAAGAAAUCUAUAGUACCGCUAUAACGGAAACUGUAGCUGCUGUCAUGGAUCCUUCGAUGGCAGUCAGUUAUAAUAGCAUAAAGAAUAAUAAUACAAUUUAUUCCUAUGAUACAUCGGCACCUUCGGGUUGGUCAGGUGAUGGCGGAGGAGGAGGUGGUGGAAGUAAUAGUGCUGCUGCUAAUAGUGUAAGUGCUAGCGGCAGUUUUGAAACUGGUGGCGAUGUGUUUAUCAAUUCAGGCAGCAAUUAUCUUAACAUAGGCGAUAGCAACAUUAACAAUACAAGACAUGGUCCAAUGAAUUUCAGCGAUAUGUAUUUUGGAGAAGAAAGAUGUCAGAAUUUUGAUUUUGAAACGAAUCAUUCAUAUUGGAAUGUAACUUGUGAUUCACCCGUAGAAUACAUUGUACCUUUGUAUGGCUAUAGCAUGCCAUUCCUGCUGAUAACGACAGUUCUAUCGAAUUCAUUGAUUGUCCUGAUAUUGAGUAAAAAGAAAAUGUCAACGCCUACGAAUUUUGUGCUAAUGGGUAUGGCCAUUUAUGACAUGCUAACGGUGAUAUUUCCUGCUCCUGGCAUUUGGUACAUGUAUACAUUUGGUAAUCAUUAUAAACCUUUGCAUCCGGUAUCGGUGUGUUAUAUCUAUCAAAUAUUAAAUGAGAUAAUGCCCACAAUGUGUCAUACGGCCUCAAUAUGGUUGACGCUGGCUUUGGCGGUGCAAAGAUACAUCUACGUUUGCCACGCACCCAUGGCCCAUACCUGGUGUACAAUGCCAAGAGUAAAACGCUGCACCCUCUAUAUAACCAUAGCGGCUUUCCUGCAUCAGAGUGCAAAACUAUUAGAUCAUACCAUCGAACCGGUUAAAGUACAUUGGGAGGGAAAAAUGGUGGAAGUAUGUCAAGUACGUACGGCCAGCUGGGUGGAUGAUUACAUUGGCGAGGACUUAUACUACGCAUCAUAUUUUCUAUUUCGAGUGAUAUUUGUACAUCUGGUGCCGUGCAUAAUGUUGGUCACCCUGAACAUACUGCUGUUUGCGGCCAUGCGUCAAGCACAGGAGCGACGAAAGCUAUUAUUUAGAGAGAAUCGCAAAAAGGAAUGCAAGAAAUUACGCGAAAGUAACUGCACUACACUGAUGCUGAUAGUGGUGGUGACAGUCUUCCUAAUUGUCGAGAUACCCAUAGCGGUGGUGACAGCCAUGCAUAUUGUUAGCUCGUUGUAUAUUAAUUUCAUGGAUUAUGAUAGUGCCAACAUUUUAAUAACAUUCACGAAUUUCUUCUUGGUUGUCAGUUAUCCCAUUAACUUUGGCAUCUAUUGUGGCAUGUCGCGUCAAUUCCGUGAGACUUUCAAGGAGAUUUUCUUGGGCAGUAUGGCCGUUAAGAAGGAUAAUUCGUCCAAGUAUUCCAUUGUGAAUGGACCACGUACAUGCACAAACACCAAUGAGACUGUGCUCUAGUAAA